AUGCCGAAUAAUCGCGGGCCGAGUAAAGGAUGCCGACGCUGCAGGGAAUUAAAAGUCAAGUGUGACGAGGCCAAGCCAGCAUGUCAGAGAUGUCAAAAAGGUUCUCGCGAAUGCAUAUAUCAAGCCGAUUUCGAUCGUCUGCACCGCGACCAAAAUUCAAAGGCACAGUCCAUCGCGACGAAGAAAUGGCGACAGCGAGCCGACUUUAGAAUCGAAGUACCAACCCAGGAAUACCCAACCGACUCACUGGCCCAGCUAGCGUAUAAUCGCUUCUGUUAUGAUUUCAUGAAAUUCCCAGGGGUGAUUGGCAAACUUCCCAAGAUCCUCGAAACUGCAGCCGCAGACUCGUGCAUUUUCACGGUCGUUAAAGCCCUUGCCCAUGCUAACUACCACGGUCGCUAUGAGUGUCAAGAGGCAAAUGAAGAAAGCAGAUUGCUCUACGGCGAGGCAUUGCAACAACUAGCAAUGCUAAUGUCAGACCCCGAUGAGAUGCAACGUGACGAGGCUUUGAUGGUGAUAUUUCUUUUCAGCUUAUAUGAGAUGUUUACAUCGUCUAAACGCGAUGGCUCGUGGAUAACGCACAUGCAAGGCACGCAAUCUGUUAUUGCACAUAGGGACAAUACCAGUCUGAAGGACGCCUCUAGCUAUCUUUCAGUCCUAUGCUCUCAUCUGGUCGUUUAUUACUUAACAGAACGAAAAUGUCCACCACCGCACCUCGACCGUUGGAUUCAACAAAUUCCAUUUGAAUACGAUUCCAAAAAACGCCUGAUAAUUUUGAUGUCAGACGCCGCAAAAGUUUGUUAUAUGCUUGAGGCAUGUAGUAGCUUCGAAUGUUCUACCAAUCAAACAGUCCUGGAUAUCCUCAACGAGACCCUCGAACUCGACCUAAGACUAGAAGGAUGGACAGCAGAUCUGCCCCCAGAAUGGUCCAAUGUGGCACUAAAUCUCGUCUCACACAAAAACCGUCCGAAAUGGUCGAAAAAUCUACUCUCAGGCCCCGGCGCCCCCGAGAAAAUGUACACAUACCCGAACCGCAUCGCAGCUAGCAAAUGGAUGAUGUGCCGGGCAAGUCGCAUUCGUCUGAAUCUCACUCUCCUUGAAUUCUUGCUCCAACGACCUUAUCUGAAGCCGGAAUAUUCAGGAUUGGAAGCCCGCACUAUUGACCUGCUUAUAUCUUUAGCCACUGAGAUUUCCUAUUCGCUGCCAUACUUCCUGGCUCUGUCUCCUGAUGGCUCCUCUGAUUUUGCUUCGGCGACUGAUAUUCCCACCCUUUGGGGUUACAUGACUCUCUGGCCUGCAUAUACCAGCUCUUUAUGUCUACAUCAUAGAUUGGUCAGGAAAAUGGAUUCUAUGUCAAGGGGGACAUGGUUUCGAAAGAUGAUCGGUUUCUUACGCGAAUCUAUAGGCAUAGCGAAGGCCCAGAUCUUACUCAACGAGACGCUGACCCAGGAGAUGGAUUCAUACCCUUUUGUUGAAUUAAUAUAA